GGCGCAGUUUCGGCCCCGCGGCCCCAGCGGCGCUCGGUGGCCCCACGUUCCGGGGAGGCCGAGCGGGGUGGGCUCGGGGUGUCUGUGUGCGGGGCCGACACGGAGCUGAGCCCGCACAGCCGCUGCUCUGCCAGUGAAUGUCAGGUGGCUGCGCAGGGGCGGUUCAGGGUUUGAAGGUUGAUUGUUGCUCUGCUGGGACAUGCGGUACUUUGUCACCUUGCCCCGAAAGGGGCAGCGCUCAGGAUGGCCAGAGUCCCCUGCACGGAGGAGCUUUUUGGAAUAAAUUCCACUUGGUAUAUGUCACAAGGAAAACAUGCAGAAGCAAGAGAACUAAUGUAUUCAGGGGCUUUACUGUUCUUCAGUCAUAACCAGCAAAACAGUGCUGCUGAUCUGUCCAUGCUGGUUUUGGAGUCUUUGGAGAAGUCGGACGCAAAAGUAGCAGAAGACCUUUUAGAAAACUUGGCUAAAUUGUUUAGUUUAAUGGAUCCAAAUUCUCCCGAAAGAGUGGCUUUUGUAUCCAGAGCACUAAAAUGGUCCAGUGGGGGAUCAGGAAAACUUGGACAUCCAAAACUACACCAGUUACUAGCUAUUACCCUGUGGAAAGAGCAAAACUAUAGUGAAUCUCGGUAUCACUUCUUGCACUCGACAGAUGGUGAGGGCUGUGCAAAUAUGCUGGUGGAAUACUCCUCAUCCCGUGGAUACCGCAGUGAGGUGGACAUGUUUGUAGCUCAGGCAGUACUACAAUUUCUCUGCUUAAAAAAUAAGACCAGCGCAUCAGUUGUUUUUACGACAUACACACAGAAACAUCCUUCGAUAGAGAAGGGUCCACCCUUUGUGCAACCACUGCUAAACUUCAUCUGGUUUCUGUUGUUGGCAGUUGAUGGAGGAAAAUUAACAGUAUUUACAGUAUUGUGUGAACAGUAUCAACCUUCGCUGAAAAGAGACCCCAUGUAUAAUGAGUACCUAGAUAGAAUAGGACAGCUUUUCUUCGGAGUUCCGCCCAAGCAGACCUCGUCCUACGGGGGAUUGCUAGGAAAUCUUUUAAACAGUCUGAUGGGAACUGGGGAAGAUGAUGACACAGAAGAUGGUCAGGAAGACAGCAGUCCUAUCGAGCUCGACUGAAUGUUGUUGUCAUUGGGUGCCGUGUAAAUCUGAUGAUUCGAUGACUCCAAAGACACUUUUGGAAUUUGAAUCCUGCAGUUGUUUCUUGGCUCCUAAAAGGGCUCCUCUGGUCUUUUAGAAAUGGUUGCUGAAAUGUUUAUACUGUCAGUCUAUAUUAUUUAUGUAAAAAAGAAAAAAAAAAAAGAAAGAAACCAACACAAAGUAGCCAAACGAA